CCGUUACUCUAGACCCGCCCCAGAGACGAUUCGUCCGGAGAUGCUCAGUUACACGGGAAGUCCAUUCACUAAUCUAGGAGUAUAUGCUAUUGGAUCAGAGGAGUAUAUACAUUGCCCCUUUCAACCCACCAAAUUUCUGUUUAUACCAGUUAGUAGUCGCCAUCGCUAUAAACUUUGUGUUGAAACCCAACCGGUCAGCCCCUUUGUGAGAGUCUACGAAUUACAAGCGUAAGAUUUCUUAGGGCUUAGGCUUAUAACGCUCAAGAUGAAGCUGUCCUACCUCUGGGCCGCCCCGGAAGUGGAUCCUAUUAACCGCAAGGCCCGCUCCGUCCCCGUUUUAAAUGUUUUUAAUGUCUACGGGCGUGUAUUCUUCUUCUCCUGGUGGGGAUUUAUGGUAGCCUUUUGGGCGUGGUAUGCCUUUCCACCACUGUUGACGCAUACCAUCAAAGCCAACCUUCAUCUUACCUCGGCCGAGAUUGCCAAUUCCAACAUCGUCUCGUUGUGUGCUACAUUGUUGAUUCGAUUUGCGGCUGGUCCUGCUUGCGAUCGGUUCGGGCCUCGUUGGGUAUUCGCCGGUACACUCCUGUUCGGGUCGAUCCCUCUCGGAUUGGCCCCCCUCGUUCACAAUGCCCAAGGCCUCUAUGUGAGCCGAUUCUUCAUAGGUAUCCUUGGUGGGUCUUUUGUGCCUUGUCAGGUCUGGUCGACAGGAUUCUUCGACAAAAAUGUUGUCGGUACCGCCAACGCCCUAACUGGAGGUUGGGGCAACGCCGGCGGUGGAAUCACCUACUUCAUCAUGCCGGCCGUGUUUGACUCCCUCGUGGCUCGAGGCUACUCGGAUGGAGUGGCGUGGCGUCUUUCCUUCAUCGUUCCUCUCGUAAUAACACUUGCUACCGGUAUAUCCAUGUUACUCCUAUGUCCCGAUACACCAACCGGCAAAUGGUCUGAGCGGCAUCUCCACGCCGAGCAUAACUUGGCCUCUCACGGCGGCGACGCAGUUCCUGGUCCGGCAGAUAGCGUAAUCGACGUCCCUGGUAAAAUCACGGAUAAGGCCAGCUCCAGCGGCGGGAACAGCAUCCACGAGGUAGAGAGGGGCGCCAGGAAGCGUCAAAAACACGCCGACUGGGACCAUGAAGCCGUCAUGUCGCGAGGCGAAAUGAUAGGAGCAGCUAAGGGCGAAGUCGUGCAGAAGCCCACAUGGGGCGUGAUCUCACGGGUGACGUUCUCCCUACAGACCGCCUUCCACAUAUUGACAUACAUGUGCUCAUUCGGUGGGGAGCUCGCCAUCAACUCCGUACUUGGGUCAUACUACGCAAAGAACUUCCCGCAGCUAGGCCAGACCAACGCCGCAAACUGGGCCGCCAUGUUCGGCUUCCUAAACGUGGUUACCCGGCCCCUCGGCGGCGUCGUCGCAGACGUCUUGUACCAGGCCUCGGGCCGCAGCGCCUGGGCCAAGAAAAUCUGGAUCGUGGUGUGCGGGUGCAUAUCCGGCGCCGCGCUCGUCGUGAUUGGGCAGGUUAACCCGCAUAGCCUGUCCACUAUGGUCGGGCUCGUAGCACUAGCGGCGCUGUUCUUAGAAGCGGGCAACGGCGCCAACUUCGCGCUCGUGCCGCACGUGCAUCCGCAUGCUAACGGCAUCGUCUCCGGGACCACGGGCGCGGGGGGUAACCUCGGAGGUGUCGUUUUCGCCAUCAUAUUCCGGUUCACGGGCGGGGGCACCGACUACGCUACCGCCUUCUGGGUCAUCGGCGUAGUUACCAUCGUGCUCAACCUCGGGCUAUGCUGGGUGCAGCCCGUACCGAAGGGGCAGGUUGGCGGGCGCUGAUUAUCUACUACUUGGCACGCACUAGGUGGCUAGGUAGGUACUACUACGACUACACAAAAGUAUCUCUGGAAACGAGAUCUUGGCGUUGGAGGGUAUUUGCAGGUUUGAAACGACCCCAACGCACGGGGGAAAUUGGGCUGGCGUUUGGGGGGGGGGCGUUUGUUUCGGUAUAUACCCGGAUAGGUAGUUUGUCAGUCGGAUAAUUAGAUUACUGGGAUGGGAUGGGAUGGAUGCUACAUAGCUAGGACUAUUACUGGGAAAUGGGAAAUAGGAAAAUGGAGACGACUUAGGUAGUAUAGGGAAGGGCAGGGCAGGGCAGGGUAUAAAAGUGUAGAUCCCGAAAAUAAUAUGAGAUUUAAGAAUGAAUAGUUGCUUUGUU